UUAUUUGUCUACAUUUUUGACCAUAAAACUGUGUUACAUAAAAAUGAAAGAAAAAGGAAACACUUUUAGGCUCUUCUGGAUAAGGGCACAUGUUGGAGUUGAGGGCAACGAACGAGCUGACGCCCUCGCUAAGGAGGCAGCUAGGACAAAGAAAACUGCCCCCAACUACGACAAGUGUCCUUUAUCGUUUAUAAAACACUCCAUUAGAAAAAAUACUUUAGAAAUUUGGAACAAAAGAUACCAAAACGGUGAAACUGCGGCCUUGACGAAGCUGUUCUUCCCGGACGUCUAUAGCGCCUUUGGGGUAGUGAGAAGGACCAGGUUGACACCGAUUCACGUCCAAGUGCUGACGGGCCAUGGAGGGUUUGGGCAUUACUUAAAAAGAUUCAAAUGCAAGGAUGACUCAGUCUGCGACUGUGACCCAGCAAACGAAGGAUCGGUGUUACACCUGCUUCUGGACUGCCCCAAGUACUGCAAAGACCGCUAUGAGCUCGAGCGGAAAACGGAUAUGAAAGUACAGAAAGAAACGCUGGAUGUACUGAUAACAAACAGGAAUUGCCAGACAGCAUUCCUUGAAUUCUCUACAAAAGUCGCAAAGGCAGCAAUAAACAGAAAUAAAACAAAAUUGUUAUAAUUUUAAUAUAUUAGGAUAAAAAAUAUAGACUCAUAGUUAGAUGCUUAUUAUAAAAAUAGACAUUGUUAACUUGAGUAAUUUUUUUUUUGAUGUAAUGUAAUAAAGUUGUAACAAGUUAAAAUAAAUAUAAAAAGGUCUCUGACAUAAUAUAUCAGGGGAACCCUGUUGUAAUAAAAAAAAAAAAAACUCAACCUUGGUACCCUCUCUUUCAAUCUCUUUUAAUUUCAGAUAUAUGUUAAUUCUAGAACCGCAUAAAAACAUCAAGAUUUCCUUUUUUAGCAAACGCAACAUACAGUCACAACUUACCUUGGUUGCUGGGAUAUUAUACGGCGGUCAUUACUACGAAGAGACGCCCCACCAGCCUCAAUCGACAUAAUGCUAUCAUCCCUGGCAGAAAGCUCCAUCAAACA